GUAGAUGGCGUAUGAAUAAGAUGAGUACAUUUUUUCGUACCAUCAGAAGGAUCACAGCACUGGAUGAGCUCUACCCCCCUCUGCUGGUAGAGAUGGGUGUGGGUUUGGAUUGAUGACGUGGUUCGGUCCGGUGACCACAGCAGCAGGAUGGCCGACCAGAGUAGGCAAAUAAAACUGGCUGCAGCUAAGAAAAAGCUGAAAGAGUUUCAGCAGAAGAGCUCCCCUACUUCUGUAGGUGGAGAAAAGGGAGGAGGUGGAGCAGGGGCCAAGAAAAAGAGAAAGGUGAAGGGGCUGAACCAACUCGAUGCAUCUUUAACAGGCAGAGAUUCUCCAGACAAUACCUACGCUGACAUGGAGACUCAGGGGUCUUCAGUCCCCCAGCUGCCAGAUGAACCAAACAGCGAGCCUGGUCGCAGCUCUCCUAUGCUUAACCCUGCUAUUGCUAACUCUGAUACUAACUCUGAGUCUGUCAGUCACAGCAGUGAGCUGCAGGAAUACCCUGAUACUAAUGGAAAUGAGAAUUUAAAGGAGGAAAAUAGACCACUUUCUUCCACUGAGAGCCUGCGACAGAUCUCUCAGCAGUUGAAUGGCCUGGUCUCAGAGUCAUCUGCUGCCUACGUGAAUGGAGACAGCACACCCUCUGUCAGUGAAAAAGACCUGGAGAAUCAGAACCAGGAGCUGGCAGCCGCCCUGGAAUCCAGCAAGCUAACAAACUCUCAGCUCAAUACCAAGCUAGACCAGCUGGUGCAUCAAACUCAGGAGCUCACAGAUCAGCUUCAGAAGGAGCGAAGAGAAUUUGAACAAAGAUUCUCUAAAGAGCAAGGAGCUAUGAGGGAGCAGUUACAGGUUCAUAUCCAGACCAUUGGUAUACUGGUAUCAGAGAAAUCUGAGCUACAAACAGCACUACAAUACACACAACAGGCUGCGCGACAGAAAACAGCUGAGGCAGAGGACCUACAUAACCGUCUGCAAACAACAAAACAAAGAGUCUCAGAGCUGGAGCGAACUCUCUCCACUGUCUCCACACAGCAAAAACAGAUUGAGAAGCACAACAAAGAACUCGAAAAGGAGAGAGACAAUUUGAGGCUCGAAGUGUUAAGGCUCAACAAUUUGAGUGAGGAGACAAAGCAGCAGAGCUCAGAGCUUUCAGAGCAGCUAAAGCUGAGUACACAGGAUAAUGCUGCAAUGAAGCUAGAGGUGAACGAUCUUCACAAGAGGCUGGAGAUAGCUGAACUCAUGUUACAACAGUGCUCCAGUCAGUCAGAUCCCACCAGUGCCAAUCAACAAUAUAAUUUACUACUGGAAGAAAAACAGCAGCUGCAGGCACACAGUCACCAGCUUAUGGAGUCCAUUACAUCACUACAGACUGAGAGGGACCAUUAUGCAGAGCAGAUACAGGAGGAGGGCCGUGUGUGGAAAGACAAGACGGAACAGCUGCUAACACAGGUGUCUUUGGUGGCAGAGGAGAGGGACAGAAACAUCAACAGAGUCCAUGAACUGGAAGCCAGUGUUGCAGAGCUAAAGAAUGCAGCAGCUGCAUUAUUGGCUGAGAAGGAAGCUCAGGAGAGUUCAGAACCUCAGCUCUCAGGCCCUUCAGAGACAGAGGUGGCUUUGCAAGAGGCCUUCAAAACUCUGCAACAGGAAAAAGAGGCAGUCAUCGCACAAUACCAGGCACAGCUACGCGAUAAUGAGCAGCUGAGCCGCCUGUGUGCAGAGCAGGAGACUCGUCUGGGGGAGAUGGAGCAGCAGGUGGAGAGCCGAGCAGAGGAGGCAGAGGACCGGCGGCGCAUGUUGGAGGAUGUUCAGUCUGAUAAGGCCACGAUUAGCCGUGCUCUCACCCAGAACCGUACACUGAAGGAUCAGCUUGCUGAGCUACAGAACGGUUUUGUGAAACUGACUAAUGAGAACAUGGAGCUGACCACGGCCAUCCAGUCAGAGCAUCAUGUAAAGAAGGAGUUGGCUCGUAGAAUGGGUGAACUGCAGGAAGAGCUGCACAAUGUCAAAGAACAGCUGGAGUUAAAAUGCCAGGAGACUCAGGGUCUUGUGGAGCAGAGGGACCAGGUGAUGGCCCAUCUGCAACAGUACAGUGCUGGUUACCAGGCACUGGCCUCAGAGAGGGAACAGCUCCAUCAGCAGUAUCUACAGCAGAGUCAGCUCAUGGACCGGCUGCAGCAUGAUGAAAGCCAUGGCCGCGCACAGCUGGAGAUCAGUCACAGUCAGCUUAAACAAACACAGGAGCAUUUGGAGCAGUUGGUUCAAGACAAUGAGCAACUGAAAGCUGAAGUGAGGGAGCUGCUCAACAGCUCAGCACUUGUGACAUCAUCCAGAGAUCAGGGUGAUGGAGUGGAAAGCCAGUCCAUGCACGAGAGCCCAAAGAAUUCGUCCUCCAUAAUUAUCCCAGAAGACUUUGAGAACCAAAAAGAAAUGGAGGAUUUUAUCCGUGGAGCUUUGGUGCAGCUGGAAGCUGAAAGAGACGAGGCCAGGAUGCAGCUGGAGGAAGAGCAUAGGCUCCACAUGGCAGCCCGGCAACAGGCUGCAGUUGCCCUCAGAUUUGAGCAGCAACACCACAUCAACACACCAGCUCAUGAACACCAUCACAGUCUGGAGCAGCACAGUCACUGUGACCACAGCAAUGAGCAUUCAGAAGGGGGAGUGCCAGUGGAAGUACAUCAGGCCCUGCAAGCUGCCAUGGAGAAACUUCAGCAGCGGUUCACAUCUCUCAUGCAGGAAAAAGCUGACCUGAAGGAGCGGGUGGAGGAGCUGGAGCACCGCUGCAUUCAGUUAUCUGGAGAGACCGACACCAUAGGGGAGUACAUCGCCCUGUACCAGAGUCAGCGGGCCAUCAUGAAGCAGAAACACCAAGAGAAAGAGCAGUACAUCAGCAUGCUGGCCCAGGACAAAGAGGAGAUGAAGGCAAAGCUGGCUGAGCUGCAGGAUCUUGUGAUGAGGCUGGUGGCCGAGAGGAAUGACUGGUACAACCGUUAUACUGGAGCUGUGAGCGGUAUGGGAACCGCAAACCCCGACCUGCUUCCUGUUGGGGAGGAUUGCACUCACUCCGAGCAGCAAGGACACACCGACUCCGAACUUAGCGGUGUCACUGGAGCAGAAGCCUUGGAGCUUGUCCAUCAGGCUGGACCCUCCACAGGUCUAGAAGCUGGUUCCUCCCAGACAAGAUCAUCUGGCUCUGUUCAGACUGAAUCCAGUCCCAAAGAGGACUGUACCGCUAAGCAAAUAAUGCAGCUGCUCCAUGAAAUCCAGAACCCACAGGGAGCACUGCGAUCACACCCCUUCUCCGGGGAGAACCCCUGCAUCCCGUUCUUUUACCGGCCUGAUGAGCAGGAUGAAGUCAAGAUCCUGGUGGUGUGAGGUGUGACUGUGACUGAGGCCCCCGCGUCUUCGAGUGAGCACGAGAGAUGUUGGAUAUGUCGCGAAAUGUGGAAAAUUGACCACAUUUUGUGUCUUAUUAUUCAUACACACGUCUUUAGAAAUUGACAUCUCUAAAAAGAAAAAACUGGUCUUUAAUGUAAAUAAGUCUUUUGUCCAGCUUCAUGGAAAUGUUCCCUCUUUGUUCUGGGUGUCAGCACUAAUGUGAGUGCGUGUGAAAUGAAAGACUUUUGUUUCUUUUUUCUUUUUUAUAUCACAGAGUGGAGAUAAUCAGUAUUCCUAAAUGCAAUUUGAUUACUCUCCUGAUCACAAUUUUGAAUUCCCUUCUCACACGUGCAAUAAAGGGGUUCUAUAGUCUUUCCCCUCGCUGAUAAAGUACUUAAAGAGCUGUUAUGAAUUAGCCAAUUUUGUGCAACCUUGUUCAAGUGCAAACCUCAGUUUUAAGUCACUGUUCACAUGCCAAAAAAAGGCAUGUUUGAAUGUAAAAAGGCAGAUAUUUAAAAGUGUGUGAAAUCUGAAGAGAAGUGAGCAAAGUGGAUUGAAAGAGGAUGCUUGGCUGGGUAGUCUAACUAAGAAAUACAGAAAGAUGUUAAGUUAAGUUAACAAAAGAAUUUUGUGCACAUUGAAGCUUUUAAACUGUAGACUUUUUUCUGCAUUGAAGUAUAUGAGUUGCACAAUUAAGUUCAGGAAGAUGAAGGUGGAUGUUUCUGAUUGGUACUGUUCCUAAAACUACCUUCUUGUUUUUCUUCUGUUCCAUCAAACACUGAAACAAACCACAUAUUUCUACACUGCAUCAUGUUCAAAGAUUGUAAAGCGUUUUUUUUUGUUGAUGUUUCUCACCUUAACUCGGAGAAGUUAUAACAAUUCCAGACUGAUGGGUGAUCCCAUUCAUUGAGGAAAUUUAAAGACCGCAAGGAGAAAAAAAAAAAAGAAAAGGAAUUAAUUGGAAUAUUUUCCCACACUGUCACUGAGGUAAAUGAUGGGCUGUGCACCGUCUCUCACAUUGUCCCUUUGAGUUGGCCUCAUUUCUCUUCGAUGUUAAGGUACCAUUUUUGGAGAGCACUGUUAGUAACUACAGGUUGUUCGGACUUCUUACCUGCAGUUAAGCGUCGGGUGCUCGGGGGCAUUCGGUUGGCCUCGUCACAGACUAGGGUCGUACUUCCCUGACCCAUCUCACAUUUAUUUGUCUUCCUCACUAGAACAAAAUUUCCUUUUAUGGGAUAUUUGACGUGGUAAACAAAUAGAUGUGGUCAGUGAGAGCCUCCUCUUCCCUGUUACAUUCACUUGUGGCCCUUCAUAUCAAAGAUUAAUUAACGCACAUCUGUAACAACUGGACUGUGUGAUGGCG